AUGGGUAAAGAAUUAAAAAAAGUUAGUGCUUCUCAGUUGAAUUGGAAGAAAGUGGAUAUUCCAGAUACUUUAGAUGAUUUUGAGGGUUUUUUCGGUUUGGAAGAAAUCGAUGGUGUUGAUGUUAAAAUUGUGAAUGGCCAAGCACAAUUCUUUGCUAGAGAAGAGCAAACUAGUCAGAAGACAAAAAAUUCAGAUAGUGUGGAAGAUGAAGAGCAAGAAGGUGAUGAGGAGGUUGAAUUGAUUGAAUUCAAAAAUAUGGAUGAUUUAGAAGAAGGUGAGUUAAGCUCUCCUGCUUCAUCUGACGUGGAAGAUGAAGACGAGGAGCCAGAGGAGGAGACAGAAAAACCUUCUACUGACGAUGACGAAAAAGCUGGUGCGAAUAAAGAUGUACUGGAAACUAAUUUCUUUAAUUCGAACUUAGAUCUUGAGGAUGUGGCGUCUGUUGAUUUACCUGACUGGACUAAACUAGCAACGUUCUCCACUACUAUUAUGCAAGGGUUACAAAGUUUGGGAUUUACCAAACCCACAGAAAUCCAAGCUAAGGCAAUUCCAUUUGCUUUGAAAAAUGAAGAUAUAAUGGGGAAAGCAUCCACAGGUUCAGGUAAGACUUUGGCUUACGGUAUUCCAAUACUUGAAAAUUUAAUAAAAACUUUCGGAAACGAUUCAAACAAGCCAAUUGCAUUAAUUUUCACACCAACAAGAGAAUUGGCUCAACAAGUCACGAAACAUUUACAAAAUAUUAGUAAAUUAUUUCUAAAAAAUUCUCAAUAUUCCAUUCUCUCUUUAACUGGUGGUCUUUCCAUUCAAAAGCAGGAAAGACUUUUGAAAUACGAUAAUAGUGGGAAAAUAGUAAUUGCAACACCAGGAAGAUUUUUAGAGUUACUAGAGAAAAACAACGAAUUAGUCGAAAGAUUUGCCCAAAUUGAUACCUUGGUCCUAGAUGAGGCUGAUAGAUUAUUACAAGAUGGUCAUUUCGAUGAGUUUGAAAAAAUUCUGAAAUAUUUAGGUCAAAAACGUAAGGAAAUGAAGUUGAAAAAUACUUAUUGGCAAACUAUGAUUUACUCUGCUACUUUUUCUAUUGAUUUGUUUGACAAAUUAGCAAAUUCUUCUUGGAAGUCAAACAAAAAAGUUAAGCAAUACGAUAGUGAAAUGGAAACCGUUCUCCACCACUUAAUGAAUAAGAUACAUUUCAAAUCCAAACCUAUUCUUAUAGAUAUGAAUCCAAAUCAAAAAAUAAGUUCCCAGAUCAAAGAAUCGUUGAUUGAAUGUGCUCCUACUGAACGUGAUCUUUACUGUUAUUAUUUUAUUACAAUGUUCCCAGGCACUACUUUGAUCUUCUGUAAUGCAAUUGAAUCAGUGAAAAAAUUAAGUGUCAUGUUAAAUAUCUUAGGUGUUUCAUGUCUCCAAAUUCAUUCUUCUAUGACCCAAAAAAAUCGUUUGAGAAAUCUUGAAAAAUAUGAAGAACAAUCGGUCAAAAAUAAUGCAUUAGGUAAAGCCACCGUUUUAAUCGCCAGUGAUGUUGCCGCCAGAGGUUUGGAUAUUCCAAAUAUCAAGCACGUUAUACAUUAUCAUUUACCACGUUCUGCUGAUGUUUAUAUCCAUAGAUCAGGUAGAACAGCACGUGCUAAUAAUGAAGGUGUUUCAGUUAUGGUUUGCUCUCCACAGGAGUCGAUGGGUCCACUAAGGAAAUUAAGAAAAAUUUUAGCUAAUAAAGCUGAAGCUAAUCCAUCAAAGAAUAAAAAGUGGCAAAAGACAGUGCCAUUACUGCCAAUUGAGACAGAUAUUGUGUCACAAUUGAGAGAAAGAACACGGUUAGCAAGUGAACUAGCAGACCACGAAAUGGCUUCCUCUUCUUUAAGAAAAGAUGAUAAUUGGAUGAAACAAGCCGCUGAUGAUCUUGGAAUUGAUAUUGACUCUGAUGAUGAGGAUAAAGACAGUAUUUUGCACAGAAGCAAAACUAAGAAAAUAAAUAAAACGAUGGGGAAGGACGAUGUGAAAUAUACUAGGGCCAAACUAAAUGAAUUGUUGCGCCAAAAUCUUCGUACAGAUAUGAGAAAAAAAUAUCUGACUGGUGGUCUUUAUAACUUGGCAGAUGAUCUUGUGAAAAAAAGAGGACACAACACAAUUAUAGGGCAUGAUAAAGUGGAUGCACUGGAAACCAUAAGGAAUAAGAAAAAUAAGAAGCAAAAAAAAUAG